AUGUCGGGAACAACAUCCUUAGCACGACCGGCGACCGCAGCGUCCAGUGAGCAAGCAACCGCUUCUUCGGAAGAGAGCAGCAGCAGCCGGCCCCCGGAAACGCACUACGAAUUCUUUCCCAUCACCCUUCCAGACGGACCGCCGCCGAAGGGCCACUUCCCCAUCGACCAGCGCGCCCUCCGCCGCGAGUUCCUCCGGCUGCAAGCCAAAGCGCACCCGGACAUGCACCCGGCCGAGCUCAAGAACCGCGCCGAGGCGACCUCGGCGCGGAUCAACGAGGCCUACAAGACCCUCUCGAACCCGCUGCUGCGGGCGCAGUACCUCCUCCAGCUGCGCGGCGUCGACGUGGCCAACGACGAGACGCUCAAGGUCGAGGAUCCGGAGCUCCUGAUGGUGGUCCUGGAGGCGCGCGAGGAGAUCGAGGAGGCGACCGACGAGAGCGAGCUGGAGGGCCAGCGGACGGCUAACGACGGGCGCAUACGCGAGAGCGAGGAGGUGCUGGAGGAGGCCUUCCGGCACGACGACAUCGAGACGGCGAAGAGGGAGGCGGUCAAGCUGAGGUACUGGGUCAACAUCCAGGAGAGCCUGAACAACUGGGAGUCUGGGAAGCCCAUUGUGCUGCAGCACUGA